AUGGCACCAACUACUGCGUUCCAAGUCCAUGGCAGGACGGCUAUCGUAACCGGAGGCUCAUCCGGCAUGGGCCUCUGCAUCGCACGCCAGCUUGCUGAGAAAGGCGCCAACAUUGUCAUCGUAGCGCGCGACCAAGCAAAGCUUGAGAAGUCAGUUCUUCAUAUCAAGGAAGGGGCUCUAAACCCAGAUAUCCAGCGAUUCCAUUAUAUCAGUGCCGACUUGACAUUGUCCAACGAGGCCGUUCGAGUCGUGGACGAGGUGGUGGCCUGGAACUCGGGCAGUCCGCCUGACAUUAUCUGGACCUGUGCUGGUUCUUCACAUCCAACACUGUUCAUCGACACCCCCGUCUCCACCUUCGCCUCGCAGAUGGAUACCAACUAUUUCACCAGCCUUCACAUGGCACAUGCAGUACUGAGAUGCUGGCUCCUCUCUCCUCCAGGCACAACAGGUACAGACCCGACCGGCUCUGCGACCAACCCUGGCAAUUCGCUGGCAACGCGGCACCUAAUUUUCACAGCGUCGUUCUUAUCUUUUUAUACCUUUGCCGGCUAUUCUCCCUACAGCCCCUGCAAGGCUGCUCUCCGCUCCCUCACGGACUCUCUGUCGCAGGAGAUGAAUCUCUACGCCGCAGCGCGCCCUGAGGAAACCAGGGUCCGCGUCCACGCCGUCUUUCCGUCCACCAUCUUAACCGAAGGAUAUGAGGCCGAAAAUCGCAUCAAGACCGACUUGACCAAGCACCUUGAAGAAGACGACGUGCCUCAGACACCCGAGGUCAUUGCGUCCAGGAGUAUCCGCUGCUUGGAGGCCGGGCAGGAAAUCAUUACCACGGACAUCCAAACCGCUCUGGUCAGGCGGGGCAUGUUGGGAGGUAGCACUAGAGGCGGCUUCCUCAACGGACUAGUAGAUUGGUUUCUCGCUGGUUGGGUCGCCAUCAUCAUGGUACUUCUACGUGGCGAUAUGGACAAGAAGGUCCGGAAAUGGGGACGGGAGUUUGGCACUUCUGGCAUGAAGCCGAAGGAUGGGCCUGUUUGA